AUGCUUCGCGAACCGUUGUUGCCUUCAACAGGCGGUCAGGAAUCUAACACGCGUGCCACGUCAGACUCCGCAGAAUCUCAUGAGUAUCGCGCGCGCGUGAACCUGACAAUACCCCGUGGCGCAGCCACAGCAAGCGGACCCCCGCCAAACAGACGCGCGAGCGUCGACUCAGCGAAUGUGACAAUAUCGGAGGGAAGCGACCUCUGCGCGGAAGCCGAUUCGCGGAAGAGGCGAAUUAGCUUUGGGAACGAACGGGGGGAAGCGGGAGGCUCGGGGAGGAGGGGGAGAUGGGGGAGCGGAGGCGCAGGUGGGGGGGAGGGCGUGCGGAGUCCGCGCAGCCCGGGGCUGUCGAAGCAGGAGGUCCUGGGGGCAUUUGAUGCGGCGGAGGCGACGGGGGAGGCGGAGGCGGACUUAAGCGCGCAUCUACAGACGGACUUUCAGACCGUUCUGAACACGGUGGGUGCUCAUCCCUCUCUCUACUCCCCUCGCUCUCCUCCCUGCGCUCUCCUCCCUGCGCUCUCCUCCCUCCCUUUCCUCCGCUCUCUCUCCACCCCUCGCUCUCCUCACUCGCUCUCCUCCUCUCGCUCUCCUCCUCUAGUUCCCCUCCUCUCCUGGUUCUUGCCCUCUGCGCGACCCUCUUCUGCACCACGGCUCACCCUGCAAUUCGUCCUUUCCCUCUUUCUUCACUUUCCUGGCCCCACCCCUUUUUCGCCCAACUUGCACAGCUGUUCGUGCUCGCCCUCUGCGCUUCCCUCUUCUGCACCACGGCUCGCCUGCUCUGCCCUGCUUCUAAUCAUAUACCCUCUCUCCCACCCCUUCCGCCCCCUCCUUCCACCACAGCUGGUUCUUGCCCUCUGCGCGACACUCUUCUGCACCACGGCUCGUCUUCUCUGCCGUGCAUUUGACGCCCUUCCGCCCUCCACCCUGCCCUCCUACCCUGCGCUCGCCCGCUUCGCCUUCGGCCCCCCAGGGGAAUGGGUUGUGAGUGUUAUGGCCGUUAUUCCAGCGUUCUUUGUUAUGGGAGAUAGGGGCAAGAGACGGGAAGUGAUGGUGGCAGUGCUAUUCGAGUUCUGGAGAGCGCUCGGCAUGUUUUUUACACGUGCCCUCACCUUCUACCCUCCCUCUCUCCCGUGUGUUUGGCAUGUGUGUGCCCGCCAGGUGAUGGUGGCGGUGCUAUUCGAGUUCUGGGGAGCGCUUGGCAUGUGUCUCAUCAUAGUGUGGCAGUCCGCCCUCAUCUUCCUGCCGCCCCUCCCCACCAUCUGCCUCCCCUCCUUCGCCACCUCCGCUGCCGCUGCCUCUGCGCCCUCUGCUGCUCCGCUCUGCCUCUUGCCCAGGCACCUCGUGAUAGCGGCCAGCCUAGCGCUAGUGAUCCCCACCGUGCUAGUGCGCUCCUUCGCUCGCCUCACCAACGUCGCCCUCUCCGGUGUCGCCAGCAGCACCCUGCUCUGUUCUGUGCUCAUCAUCCCCACAGUGCUAGUGCGCUCCAUUGCUCGCCUCACCAAUGCUGCUCUCUCUGGUGUCGCCAGCAGCACACUUCUGGCCUUGAUGCUAGGCACGUGGGCCAGUGACCCUUCCUCCUCUGCACCCACUGAUCCCCGCGCUCACCACCACUCCACUGUGCUGCCCAUGCCAUCCCCUUUAUCCUUGCCCCCACUGCCAGUCAUGCUAGGCACAUGGGCCAGUGACCCUUCCUCCUCUGCACUCCCAGACCCCCGUGAUCACCACCACUCCACCGUCUCCUGGUCCCACCUGCCCAUGGCGGCUGGCAUCUUCAUGGUCUCACUUUCAGGUCAUGCGGGUCUGCCAUCCCUCCGGCGCAGCAUGCGGACACCACAGCACUUUGACCAAUGCAUCAUCGUCACAUUCUCCUCCAUGUUCCUCCUCUAUGCCACCAUGGGUGGCUUCGCCUACCUCUACUUCGGGGACUCCGUGCGCGUGCUGGUAACCGCCAGCCUGGAUGACGCUGGAGCCGCUGCUGGCAUCAUACUGCUCCAAUGGGGUUCCGUUUCCGUCUCCCUCUCCGCCCUGCUCUCUCUCCUCGUCGCUGCCAGUGUGUUUACAACCAUCCCGCUGAUUCUCGACCUCUCUGCUCGCCUUGGCCUGCCUGUCUCCUCACACAAGCCCACACCAAGUGCUGUGGAUCCUGUUGCUGAUGGUGCGGAGAGUGUCUGCCCUGCUGAUGGUGGAUUACCACCGCCCCAAUGCAGCGCACAGCCAGUGCCACACCGCCACUCCGCGAUAGCAGAGGGCAUCACCCGCCUUGCUGUCACCUUCGUCGGCUACAUCACAGCAUACCUCACGUGA